CAGCCAUGGUAAAACAUCUUAUAUUAUGUUUAAUUCUAUUGUUUUUUAUUGCAAUAGAAUGCACUCAUCCAAACGUUUGUCAAUGUUUGAAACUGUAUUAAUUCGAUUCUAUUCUGCUGAUUUAUCGUCGCGCCUGGACUAAGCGGUUCCGAUUCUGCGGGGAUUUAGACUGCCCCGAUUGGGUGCUUGCCGAAAUCAGCACAUUGUCCAAAAUGUCUAGUGUAAAGAUGAAACUCCUUUGUGCGCAAGUACUGAAGGGUCUGCUCGGGGAGGGCAUUGAUUAUGAUAAAGUCACAAAGCUUACAGCUGAUGCAAAGUUUGAUAGUGGAGACAUCAAAGCCAGCGUGGCUGUCCUUAACUUCAUUUUGUCCAGCGCUGCAAAGCAUGAUGUCGAUAGUGAAUCUCUGUCCAGUGAGCUGCAGCAGCUAGGACUGCCUAAAGAACACACAAUGGGGCUGUGCAAAUCGUAUGAAGAUAAGCACUCUGCAGUGCAGGACAAACUGAGAGAGAUGAGUUUAAGAUUGGGUAGACUGGAGGCUGUGUCGUGGCGUGUAGACUACAUUGUGAGCUCCAGCGAGAUGAAGGAGGUCAACGAAGCGACCGUUCAGCUAAAGAUACAGAACGAAGAAGCCGGGUCGGGCACCUCGCAAAGCACUCUCGUCUCGCUCUCUGCCGACAAGUUCAGAGUCUUGCUUUCAGAACUCAAGCAAGCCCAGGCUAUGAUGAACGCUUUGUAAUGACCAACUGAAUACCUUCCUCCCUCCUUGGUUUUGAAACUGGACACAAAUGCUGUGUUCUAUUCAUUUUUGUCAUUUUCUAUGAAUAAAUGUAUUGCUUGUUA